AUGGCACAAGGCCAAUCACAUGUAUGUAUUCAGAUGUCGGACUCUAGCACAAAUGGCAACCCUAGCAGACAGCUGUCCUCUCUAGACCUUGCCAGCAGAGGAGGGAGCAUAUUAACUUUCCACAAUGUCUGCUACCACGUGAAGAUGAAGAGUGGGUUCAUUUGCUGUAAAAAAACAUUGGAUAAAGAGGUUUUGAGAGAUAUCAAUGGUAUUAUGAAACCAGGACUGAAUGCAAUUUUGGGACCCACUGGCAGUGGUAAAUCUUCUCUGCUUGAUAUUUUGGCUGCAAGGAAAGAUCCUCAUGGGCUUUCUGGAGAUGUUUUGAUAAAUGGAGCUCCUCAGCCUGCCAACUUUAAAUGUACCUCUGGAUAUGUAGUACAGGAUGAUGUGGUGAUGGGAACCUUGACUGUAAGAGAAAAUUUGCAGUUCUCAGCAGCACUUCGUUUGCCCAAGUCAGUGAAGGAACAGGAAAAAAAUGAACGAGUUAACCAGCUCAUCAAGGAACUAGGAUUGAACAAAGUGGCAGAUUCCAAGGUUGGCACCCCGUUCAUCCGUGGUGUGUCUGGAGGAGAGAGGAAAAGGACGAAUAUUGGGAUGGAGCUCAUUACAGAUCCUGCCAUCUUGUUUUUGGAUGAGCCAACUACUGGACUUGAUGCCAGUACUGCUAAUGCUGUCCUGCUGCUCCUGAAAAGGAUGUCAAAACAAGGAAAAACAAUCAUCUUCUCCAUUCACCAGCCUCGGUACUCCAUAUUCCGACUGUUUGAUAACCUCACACUGUUGGCUGCAGGGAGGAUGCUGUACCAUGGGCCAGCUCAGAAUGCCAUUGAGUACUUCAAAUCUGUCGGUUAUGAGUGUGAGGCAUACAACAACCCUGCUGAUUUUUUUCUGGACAUCAUUAAUGGAGACUCAACUGCGGUGGCAAUAAGCAAGACAGAUGAAGCUAACGCAGCAGAGGACACUGAAGAACACAUUGAUCGUGGUAAAACUUUGGCAGAGAAGUUAGCAGAACAAUACUCCAACUCUACUUACUACCAAGAAACAAAAGCAAUACUAGAGAAUAUUUCUUUGAGAAAUAAAAAGAAAACAAAAGCAGUUUUCAGACAAAUUACAUAUGCCAAUUCCUUCUGGCAUCAGCUGAAAUGGGUGUCCAGACGCACAUUUAAAAACCUGAUCGGAAACCCUCAAGCCUCCAUAGCUCAGCUCUGUGUUACAGCUUUCCUGGGACUUAUUGUAGGUGCCAUUUUCUUCGGAGUUAAAGAUGACUACACUGGUCUACAAAACAGAGUUGGUGCAUUGUUCUUUCUGACCACAAACCAGUGUUUCAGCAGCAUUUCAGCUAUUGAACUCUUUGUUGUGGAAAAAAAGAUAUUUAUACAUGAAUAUAUCAGUGGGUACUACAGAACAUCUGCAUAUUUCAUUUCAAAGCUGAUGGCUGAUUUAAUACCCAUAAGGACUUUACCAAGUAUCAUCUUCACUUGUAUAACUUAUUUCAUGUUAGGUUUGAAACCAACAGUAGAAGCCUUCUUUAUAAUGAUGUUUACCCUUGUGAUGGUGUCCUACACAGCCACUUCUAUGGCGCUAGCCAUUGCAACAGGACAGAGUGUGGUCGCUUUGGCAAACCUACUCAUGACUAUUGCAUUUGUUUUUAUGAUUAUUUUCUCUGGGUUGCUGGUAAAUCUAACAAGCAUCAUGUCCUGGCUGUCCUGGCUCCAGUAUUUUAGCAUACCCCGAUACGGAAUGACAGCUUUACAAAUUAAUGAACUGAAAGGUCUGAACUUCUGCAACAGCAGUAGUACCAUAAAUCUCAAUGAUAGUUGUCAAGAGAUAAGCCAACUGGGGUGUACAGGAGAAGAUUACUUGAAAAAACAAGGCAUUGAUGCAAGCAGUUGGGGUCUAUGGCAGAAUCAUCUGGCUCUUGCAUGCAUGAUAGUAAUAUUCCUUACAAUUUCAUACCUGAAAUUGCACUUCAUGAAGAAGUUCUCUUAA